AUGGUGGGAACGCCCAUCAAGAUUGAUUUGAACACCAAUGAUAUGCAGCGGGGGAAGUACGCUCGCAUCGGUGUUGAGAUCGACCUUACGAAACCUGUUUUGGGAAUGGUUGGUCUGGAAGGAACGUGGUAUCACAUUGAAUAUGAGGGACUGCACUUACUUUGCCGUAAGUUUGGAUGUUAUGGACAUAUGGCACGAAAUUGUCAGGCAGUAAUUCCUAAGGAGACAUCAGGUUGUGAUGCUAGUGCUGCGGUAGUGACACCGGAACCGACAACUACACCGGGCAGUGGCGAGGCGCCGUCGCUGAUGGUGGUUGGCCAAGAAACCGUAACUGAAACCCUAGCAGGCGAUGGCAGCGGUGCAGUUAUGAUGCCCGAGAUUUUAGCCGUGACUGCAGUAACAGAAAUAAAACCGGUCAUUAAAUGUCCCGAGCUGGCACAUGGGGAAUGGCUGGUAAUAGAAAAACGUAAGAAGAAGGCUAAUGCGAACUUGAAUUCAAAUAAGAAGAAGCAAUCAUCAGUUAAGGGGCCAUCAACUAUGGAGAAAAAUAAGGGGAAUAAAAAGCCGGCCAUGAGGGAGGAAAUUAAGAGCUCCACCAAAGGAAAGAAAACAGAAAUUGCGGGGAACAUUCCAAAACCGUUAAAGCCAAAUAAUGCAGCCAUGAUUCAAUUCAAUGCGCGGCCAUUAUCCAAUGAUGGGGUUGUUGACUCAGCUAAUAUUGCUCAGAGAAAGAAACGUAUGAGGAAGUUGUCUUUUGGGGAGGGCCCACCCAUACAUAUAUUGCCAUCCUCUAAGGAGACUCAAAUGAAGCCAGUAGCAGUUAAUGGUGACACGCCAAUAUUCAUGGCAGCGGAUGUCACUCGCUCCACCAUGCCACUAGUUGCUCAAGGGGGUAACAGAUACCAAGUGUUUGCUCUCGCGGAGGAACCGCAAGGUAUGCAGGCCACAGUUGAACAAGUCCUGGGGAAUGGGGUGCCAUUUGAUCCUGGAGCGCAACAAGGAUUUGAGUUAAUUCAUGAGGGGGAAGCAUUGGGCCACCGUGGAGGUAUAUGGUUGCUUGCGCCGCAGCAUAGAACCUUUGGGGUGACCUUCCUAGAAGCUCAUGCUCAAGCCCUUUCGGUGGAGAUCAACUCGAAUGGAAGGAGAUGGGUAUGCUCUGCGUUGUAUGCCAGCCCUAUCCCAUCUAGACGUCAAGACCUAUGGAGAUACCUUGCGGACUUCCGAGGGAGAUGUACUAUACCGUGGUUGGCAUUGGGGGACCUGAAUGAGGUGUGCUCCCCGUCGGAGGUGGUUGGUGGUGAAUUUUCUUUAGCAAGAGCAUCGAGCAUGUUGGGCAUGAUGGAUGAUUGCAACUUCAUAGACCUGGGUUUCACUGGUGCACGGUUCACUUGGGAACGCAAGGUCAAUGACAUACACACGGUGGCGAAACGUCUGGAUCGUGCUCUCGGUGAUGUGCCAUGGAGGUUCCUCUUUGCGGAAGCCUAUGUUGAACACCUUGCCCGUGUUUAUUCUGAUCACUCACCCCUCCUCCUUCGAUGUCAUGCACAAUCUGGGGAGUGCAAUGCUCGUCCCUUCCGUUUCCAUGCGGCAUGGGUCUUUCACCCAUCCUUUGAGGCAUUGGUGGAUGGAGCGUGGCAGAGGGAGGAGAACACCAUCAUGGGUAGACUCCAGAAUGUGCAAGCGGCAGCCUUAGACUUCAACCGCGAUGUGUUUGGAAAUAUCCAUAGAUGCAAGAGAAGAGUGGAGAGACGCCUUCAGGGGAUCCAUCAAGAGUUGGAUUGGAGAAACUCAGAGGCUUUGAUCCGACUAGAGAGAUCCUUGCAAAAGGAGUUUGGGGAGGUCUUGUAUCAAGAGGAGAUGCUAUGGUACCAAAAGUUUAGGGAGAAUUGGGUUCAGUUUGGAGACCGAAACACUAAGUUCUUCCAUGCGCAAACCAUAGUGAGGCGGAAAAGAAAUAAAAUUCACGGCCUGUUUCUUGAGGAUGGAACUUGGUGCACGGAUCCAGUUGGCCUCCAAACCGAGGCACAACGAUUUUAUACUAAUUUGUUUGCUAUUGAUGUUCAGGUACAGCGGAACCAGAUCAUGGAGAAUCCAACGCCUGUUAUAUCUUUAGAGGAGAGGGAGGAUUUGAUUUCACCAGUGACUAUGGAGGAGGUCAGGAAAGCUAUCAUGUCCAUGCACUCUUACAAGGCGUCGAGCCCCGGAUGGCUUGCAUGCUCUGUUUUAUAA